AUGAGAUCUUUCGUGCAGGUCCUCACGACGCCGACGGCCGAUACACCGGGCACGACGCUGUUGCUGCAUUUUGAUAACAAGAGAUAUCUGAUUGGGAGCCUUGCAGAAGGGACACAGCGAGCAUGUGUACAAAUGGGAGCGAGGUUGCUCAAGGUGUCGGAGUGCUUCCUCACUGGACGGACUGAGUGGAAGAACACGGGUGGAUUGAUUGGCAUGAUCCUCACGCUGGCAGACUCUUCUGCUGCUAGCCAAGCCAGUUCACUGGAAGAUGCGUUGAAGAAGGCAAAGUCAAAAGCAAGGAGGCUGGGCAUUGAGAAUGACCCGGAGAAGAUGCGAGAGUUGGAAGAGGAGGCCAAGCAGAUGGUUAAUGCCCUGUCGAUCUACGGUCCUCCCAAUCUGAAUCAUACUCUUGCGACCGCGAGAAGAUACGUCUUCCGGAAAGGUAUGCCUGUGAACGUGCAUGAAAUUCGAGGAGAGCAAAGUCACAAGCAGGAAGGAGGCGAUGAGUGGGCGCCGUUCUGGGCGGACGAGAAUGUCAAAGUCUGGGCCAUGUCAAUUUCUCCUUCGAAGGCAGACAGUUCGAAGUUGACGCCUCCGAGUUCGAUCAGUCCUCGCAAGCGGAGCUUCGAUGAGGUCGACACAGAGGAAAAUGAGUCUUCGACUGCUCUGGACGACUCAUUCACACCGGAUGAACGAAACUACCUUACAGCCAAGGCCGUAGUGUCUGAAAUGUUCAACUCAACGUGGCGGCUCGAUACACUCUAUGAGACGCCACUUUCUGAAGUCAAGCUUCCUGCUACGAUUUUCAUCCGCAAUUCGCAAACAAACAAAAUCGAGAAAUACACUGGUCCACUCCCUGGAGGAAAGCAGUAUGUGCCUGAUCCCGAUCUCAAAGUACUGGUUCGAAAGCCUUGGCCAGGCGCCUUGGUUGAGAGCCUGCCACCAACAAAGCCGGCCAAGGAAGCUGUCAGCUACAUUUUCCGUAAUCACAUGCAGCGUGGCAAAUUCCAUCCUGAGCGAGCGAAGGCGUUGAAAGUAAAACCUGGCAAUGCUUAUUCACAGCUGGCCAAGGGAGAGAGCGUUGUAAACCAGGAUGGCGAGACGAUCACGUCUGACAUGGUUCUUGACCCAAGCAGAGUCGGCGGCGGCAUUGCUGUAGUCGAUCUACCAGGGCCAGAGUACAUCGACAACCUGAUAACAAGACCAGAAUGGCGCGAACCAAAGGUCAUGGAAGGUGUGGGUGCCAUAGUAUGGAUUUGCGGCAAGGAUGUCGCUACGGAUGCGCGGUUACACUCUUUCAUGCAAGAGUUCAAGCAAGUCGAGCACAUCGUCUCAUCAGCCGAAUACUCGCCUAACAACCUUGCCCUCGAUUCUGCUGCGGCUGCAACGGUGCGGCUCAAGCAGGUAGAUCCUGAGCGCUAUGGUGUGCCUGUCCAUGAUUCAGAAUCAAGCGAUGGUUUGCAGCUAUAUGGCGGCCACGCCGGCUGGAAAGCGAUACAUUCCAAAACGCCCCUGCCCGAGGGAGUUCAUUUGGCAGCUCGCGGUCACACAGUAGAACUCGAGCCUUCGAUAGAGGUCCAGACAAAAGAUGCAAUAAAGCCAUUGCAGAUUCCUGAAACAGUGGCAGAAAUGCCGAAAGAAGUUCUGGAAGAAGCAGCCAAAGCACAAGAAGCAUCAAAGAACGCCGAUGAGGAGACACAGGCCUGGCUGGACAGCCUGCCACCCGGUGCAAAAGAUGCUGAGGUCAUCACGUUGGGUACCGGUUCAGCCCUGCCGUCAAAAUAUCGCAAUGUUUCUGCGACUCUGGUACGAGUGCCUGACUGGGGAAACAUACUUCUAGACGCCGGCGAGAACACACUCGGUCAGCUGAGGCGUGUGUUCACUGCAGAUGAGAUGAAGCAGGUCUUGCAAGAUCUCAAGAUUAUCUCGAUCAGCCACAUGCAUGCUGAUCACCAGCUGGGAACAACUAGUGUUGUCAAGGCAUGGUAUGAGGAAGUCCACGACGGUCAACCGGCGCCACCGAUAGACCCUACGCUCCCAGAGGGCAACGAUUUCGAGUCGAUUUUCAAGAAUGAACGUCGGCUUGCCGUCGUUGCAGAGCCUGCCAUGCUUCACUGGCUUGCUGAAUAUUCUGCAGUCGAAGACUACGGGCAUUCUCGUAUUGCACCCCUGUCCCUAACGCCCGCCGAUACAUGGUCAGGCCGCCGCUCGAAGCUGGGCUGGUUCGUCCCUGCCGCAGAGAUGAAACACCGCUCUUGGGAAGAGUCAGGAGAUCUGCUUGCCAGGAACACUUUCUCUCCUUCGUUCAUCAAUCUCUCCGACAUUCAAGCCGUUGGCGUGAAACACUGUCACGGUGCUCGCGCCGUCAGCAUCACCCUUCCAUCCGGCUUCAAAGUGUCGUACUCUGGUGACUGUCGACCGUCCAGGCCUUUCGCGCAGAUUGGAAAGGGCAGCACGGUCUGCAUUCACGAAGCUACAUUUGAUGACGAGCUGCAAGGCGACGCUGAGGCGAAGAACCACAGCACGACUUCUGAGGCCCUGAAUAUCGCACAGUUGAUGCGAGCAAAGGCUUGCGUCCUCACGCAUUUCAGUCAGCGGUAUCAGAAGGUACCCGUCCUGGAGCGUGGCGAAGAAGAGCUGGAAACAGUCGAAGACUUGCCAAUGACUGAGGAUGGCGCUGUCGUUGUACCAGAGGAGUCAACGAAUCCGGAAGAUGACAUGGGAGGACCGCUGGAAGACGCAGCUGCAACCUUCCCAGACCAGGAGACUACCGAUAACGGAGGCAAGCAGUACGACUUGCCGUCCAAGAAAGCCUCGAAUGGAGCCCCAGUACCAGCUGGUGGACCACCAGAGGCUGUCAAAUUCAAGCUGACGUCGGAUAUGAAGGUGUGCGUCGCAUUUGACUACAUGCGUGUCAAGGUGGGCGACAUCUGGAAGCUUGAAAAGUUCACACCGGCGCUGCUGAAGCUGUUCGCUGAAGAGGAGAAGGAGAAAGAAAAGGAGAGGGCUCGACUCGAGUCUGGGCAGAACACCAGCAAGAAAGCGAAGAAGAAGGGCGGACAGAGAAAUAACUAA